AUGCCUACCGCUACACGAAGGAACGAGGCUGCCGCAUCGCCAUCCAAGCGCAGGCCAUCCGCAGCUGCUCGCUCCGAAUCCGGCUACUCGCGCCGAUCCUCCGUCGGCUCUUUCAAGACUGCUACCGGCACAUCUGAUUACACUCCUGCCAUGUCUGCAUCCCAAAUCGAUUACGACGACGAGCAAGAUGAAGAACAAGCCGAGAACGAGAACGAAGCAGCUAUCAUUCCUUCUCGCAGCGACCCAGAUAUUCUUUCAGAUGACACCGACGAGGCCGAGACCAUUUCUCGUCACCGUGACUCUCCCAAGGGCCUUGUUGCAGCUGUUAGAGACCAUCACGACGCCGCUUCCAGUAGCGAGUCCGAAGAAGCCCCGGCUAUCUUCAGCAAGAAUCCUGUCAGCGACUCCAGUACUAUCCACAAAUCUCCUCCCACCUCCCAUGAUGAUGCCCCCUCUCACGACGACCUGAUUGAGAAGCGUAGGCCAUCGCACACGUACAGCUCCAAGUCGAAACCUUCCCGUCACGAGCUCCUCACACCUGAUGCUGCCCUCACUCCAAAGGGUCGCGCCGAUAGAAAGGGCGUCCGUGCUUCGCAUGCCAGCCACCUCACUCUUCCCUAUCAGCACUCUGACGCAGGCGACUACAUGGAUGCUUCCAGGCGCCUCAGCAAAAUGACCAUGUCCAAUUACAACCCUCGUAGCAGAGCUCCUUCUCGAGCUGCCAGCUUCAUGGACGCUGACCUUCCCGACAUGGAGAUGCGCGAUGCUCGAUACCGCUCUGUCUCCGAACGAGGCCGAGCAAGCAGGUCCAGCCGUCUCAUGGCUCCUGCAUCCCUACUCGACUUUGGUGGAUCUCAGCGUGGUGCAUCUCAGAGGGGACCUGGUUCGCGUUACGCUUCCAGCUACAUCGAGCCUUCUUCCCUCAGGUCUCCCUCCAAGCGCGACACCCUCGGCUCGCCCGCAGCUGGUAUCCACCAUCGCGACUCAGACCGCAUGAGCAUAACCUCGCGUGGAACCGCCAGGAAGCCUGCCUCUGUCUUGUCCAAGAUGCUUGACGCCGAUACUCAGGUCUAUCCCGGAACGCGCAUCCGCAAGUACAUCGAGCCUCAACUCAACGAGGCCAUGCGUCGUGUCAUGAAGCAAUUCACAGGUCACAACAUGCACGAUCAUCGUUGCAAUGGGUAUCCCAUCGCUGUCUUUGUCGGUGCUACUGCCAUUGACACAGGAAGCAUCAUUCAGCCUCACGUCUCGGGUGCAGUCUCGCUCUACUUUGCACCUGGCCACCCCAAGAACAUGGCUUCCCUCCUGCCCGAACAAGAUAGGACACCUCACCACAUCCCUAACCCCAAAGCACCCACUCCCGCCUCUCUCUCCCGCCGUGCCGAGCUGAGAUCCGCCAUCACUGCUCUUCACACCAUCUACGAGCUUUACCGCGGCCGUGCUUGCGCCCAUGUCUGCAUUGACUCCGCCUACGUUGCCAAAGCCUGGGGAACUUGGAUCCCAACUUGGGAGCUCAAGGGUUGGCCUGGAGAGGAUGAAGAAGGUGAGGGUGACCGCGAACGAUGGGAGGAUGAGUACUACGAGCGUCGAAGGAGCCAGCGAAGGGCUUACGACAGGAGUGGAACCCGAUACAUAGAUCUACCUGAUCCACGUGAUCGCGAGCGCAGCCGGGAUGGCUAUGCAAGCGACGGAGGGCGUUACAGGGGAUCGCGUGUUCCACCCUCGCCUAGGAGGUAUGACGACCGUGACGACUGGCUCGCCAGCGAUCCUUACGCCGAUGGACGCAGACGUCGCGGUGGUGGAGGACAGCCUUCUCCUCGCCGUCAAGGUGGUCGUCGUGGCGAAGAGGACUAUUCUUCUGAUGAGGAUGACUACCAUCGUCGAGGCGGAAGCAGGCGAUACCGGGACGAUGACCGUGACUACCGCUACUCUUCCGCCGACCGUUCUCCUCCCCGCCGUCGUACCAUGCGUCGUGCUCCCGGUCGUCGUCUCGUCGACGAAGACUUGCUUCGCGAGCUCGCCGAUAUCCGCUACGAGUUUGCGCGGGUCGAACGUGAUCGUCAGGGAUCUGCACACCUCUACCUCAUUGACCGCACCAACAACCCCGCUGACCGCAUGGCUCGUGCCGUCGCCAAGUCGGAGGGAAGCCUCCUCAGCCAGCAAGAAGACUUUGACACGCGCUCCGAGAUCGGCUUGCAUGUCGACGAUGCUCGCCUCUCCGACGAGGACGAGGAGAGGCUUGAUCCUGAAGAGGACGAUGAAUGGCUCGAGACGCGCAACCGCUUCUCGACCGCUUCGAAGAGUACCAAGGGUCGCUGUGACGGUGACCGAACAAGGAUCAGCAGCAGAGACAGUAACAGGGGAAGCAUCAUCUCCAACGCCACUGGCAGGUUGAGGCAGAGUGCUUCGCUUCCCUCCGGCCAUCUCCGCGGCGGACCCAGGCGUCAACUUGAUACCUUCGCUGAAGAGGACGAAGACGAUCUUGCUGAGGACGCUCGUUCAGUUCGAUCGGUUCGAACGCAUCGUUCAGAGCGAUCUCGCAAAUCGACCCGCGCCGAGAAGGAACGAGACGACUACCUGGCACGCCAAGAGCUUAUCAAUGCUGAAGCAGAUCCUCUUGCAAGGCGAUCUACUAUGACUUCCACUACCAAGCGUUCUGCUUCGCGUGCAAGUCACCUUGCUCCACUUUCUGCUUCUUCUGAACACCGCGGCGUCGUAUCCUCCACCAGACGUUCGAUCGACUCUCGUAAUGGCGCAGCACAAAUGUCGACAGAUCUUGUUUCACCUGCCGACGAGGCAUCUUUGCGAGGCUCGAUGGACGCUCGACGCAACAAUAGGAUCAGCAGCAUGCGUUCACAGCCUGACAUGCGUUCUAACGGCAACGGUCGAUCCAACGUUGGCAGUGCUCUGGCUUCCGCUGCUGUUUUCGACGGGCCUGAAGAGGAAGAAUACUGUCCCCGUCGCUCCAUUCAAAUCCACCAGGCAAGCUCAGGCGGUCCUAGACACCCUCGCAGUCGAAUGCAUUCCAAACGACCAUCCGACUAUCCCGAAAUAGAUGACCUCGUCCCUCCUUCCCGCAUGUGGGAUUCUGGAUCAGUUAACUCGCGUAACAGCAUCGAUUCUGGUCGUAAUGCCUCGGUCGCACCUGGUUCAGCUGGUUCAGCUGGUUCAGUGGGUAAAGGUUUUUUCAGUAAGAAAUCUCGCACUGCUCAAGCUCGUCCUCAAUCUCCUGCUUCAGAAGGUAAAACUGCAGGAGGAGUAGGAGUAGGAUUGUUCUCUAACCGAUCUACGCCUUCCUUGCACCGCUCGCCUGCGCCAGAAGAUGCCGAUUACGAAUGGAGCAAAUCUUCAAGAAAAAGCAUAAACAGAUAUCCCAAAGCUCGUCAUCAGAGACAGUGGCAUUCAACCACUGCGCAUGACUACAUCGAUCCUACAGCUCAGAGGUGUGCAUGGGAUUCAGAGCAUGUGGCCGUCAAGAAAGGCGGCUUCUUGAGCCGUAUGUUUGCUCGCAAGAAGUGA